AUGGGCUCCGAUAAGCACUCUGCUCGUUUCCUCAAUAAACUUAAAAUGGAGAGAGUCAGAACGAUGCUAACGCAUACUUACCCUUACCCGCAUGAGCAUUCACGCCACGCUAUGAUUGCUGUCAUCAUGGGCUGCCUAUUCUUUAUAUCCUCGGAUAACAUGCACACUCUCGUAGAAAAGCUUGACAACAAUUUCAAAUGGUGGUCCAUGUAUGCUUGCCUUCUUGGAUUCUUCUAUUUCUUCUCAUCUCCGUUCUUAGGAAAGACUAUUCAACCAAGCUACUCAACCUUCAGUCGUUGGCACGUUGCUUGGAUUUUAAUUGCAGCUUUGUACCAUCUCCCAAGUUUUCAGUCAAUGGGAUUGGAUUUGAGGAUGAACUUGUCCUUGUUUCUUACUAUCUACACAUCAUCCGUAGUCUUCCUUUUUGUCUUCCACAUUGUUUUUAUUGGGUUUUGGUAUCUCGGUCUUGUUUCUCGUGUGGCUAGAAGACGCCCUGAGAUCUUAACCAUUCUUCAAAACUGUGUUGUUUUAAGCAUAGCGUGCUGUAUUUUCUACAGCCAUUGUGGUAAUCGUGCUUUUCUGAGGCAAACACCACUAGAAAGAAGGCGUUCUAGCAACAGUACUUGGCUUACUAAACUCAUUCAGAUUGAUGAGUUUAAAGACCAAGUCUGCUCUUCAUGGUUUGCUCCUGUUGGAUCUGCUAGUGAUUAUCCACUCUUGUCUAAAUGGGUCAUCUAUGGGGAGUUAGCAUGCAAUGGGUCUUGUCCUGUUACAUCUGAUGAAAUUUCUCCUAUAUACUCAUUGUGGGCAACGUUUAUUGGUCUUUAUAUUGCCAAUUAUGUAGUGGAGAGAUCAACAGGGUGGGCACUGGCACACCCUGUGUCUGUCAACAAUUAUGAGAAGAUGAAGAAGCAGCAAAUGAAACCUGAUUUCUUAGACAUGGUUCCUUGGUAUUCAGGAACUUCAGCUGAUUUGUUUAAAACUGUGUUCGACCUUCUCGUGUCCGUGACUGUGUUUCUUGGCCGCUUUGACAUGCGGAUGAUGCAGGCUGCAAUGACCAAAACUUGUGAUGGAGACGAGAGAAAAGAACUAUUAUAUGAUCAUUUUACCGAAAAGGAUGAUUUCUGGUUUGACUUCAUGGCGGAUACUGGUGAUGGCGGCAAUUCAUCAUAUUCUGUAGCAAAACUUCUAGCUCAGCCUUUUCUCAAUGUCCCGCUAGAUGAUGAUAUUAUAUCUCUACAAAGGGGUAACGUGUUGCUUAUUGGAGGAGAUCUUGCAUACCCCAAUCCAUCAGCGUUUACAUAUGAAAAACGUCUGUUUUGUCCUUUUGAGUAUGCGCUGCAACCUCCCCAAUGGUAUAACAACGACUCAAUAUCUGUUGAGAAGCCUGAGUUACCUGAAGGGGUUUCUGAUCUGAAGCAUUAUGAUGGUCCUCAAUGUUUUCUUAUCCCUGGAAACCAUGACUGGUUUGAUGGUCUCAAUACCUUCAUGAGGUAUAUAUGCCAUAAAAGUUGGCUUGGUGGCUGGUUAAUGCCCCAAAAGAAAAGCUAUUUUGCCCUCCAGCUACCUAAAGGAUGGUGGGUGUUUGGUUUGGAUCUUGCCCUCCAUGGUGAUAUUGAUGUCUAUCAGUUCAAUUUCUUUUCAGAAUUAGUGAAGGAAAAGGUUGGGAAGGAUGAUGCAGUGAUUAUUAUCACACAUGAGCCGAACUGGCUUCUUGAUUGGUAUUGGAAAGACAAUACUGGAAAGAACAUGAGACACCUGAUAUGCGAAUUUUUGAAAGACAGGUGUAAACUUAGAAUGGCAGGAGAUUUGCAUCAUUAUAUGCGUCAUUCAUGUACUCAAUCAGAUGGAGCUGCUGCUCAUGUCCAACAUCUCCUUGUUAAUGGUUGUGGAGGGGCUUUUUUGCAUCCCACCCAUGUGUUUAGCAACUUUUCAAAGUUUUAUGGUGCUUCCUAUGAAAGUAAAUCUGCUUACCCUUCUUUUAAAGAUUCAAGCAGGAUUGCUUUGGGAAAUAUUUUGAAGUUUAGGAAAAAGAACUGGCAGUUUGAUAUCAUUGGUGGCAUCAUAUACUUUGUCUUGGUCUUUUCCUUGUUCCCUCAGUGUAAGCUAGGCCACAUCUUAAGAGGUGAUUCAUUUUCUGGCCACCUGGGGAGUUUCUUAGGCACAGUUUGGAGCGCCUUUGUGUACAUAACAGAGAAGUCAUAUGUGUCUUUCACCGGUGUUGUCAUGUUGCUAAUAACUGCAGUUAUGUUUGUUCCCUCUAAAAUAUCUCGGAAGAGACGGAUGUUAAUUGGAGUUCUUCAUGUUACUGCACACCUUACUGCUGCUUUGAUUCUUAUGUUGCUUUUGGAACUCGGUAUAGAAACCUGUAUUCAGCAUAAGCUCCUUGCAACCUCCGGGUAUCAUACAUUGUAUCAAUGGUACAAAUCAGUAGAAAAUGAACACUUUCCAGACCCCACUGGCCUUCGAGUCCGUAUUGAACAGUGGACCUUCGGAUUCUAUCCAGCUUGCCUCAAAUAUCUUAUGUCAGCAUUUGAUAUCCCUGAGGUGAUGGCGGUUACACGGACAAACAUUUGCCGGGAAGGAAUGGAGUCGCUAUCACGAAGUGGAGCAGCUAUAUAUUAUGCUUCUGUCUUCCUCUACUUUUGGGUCUUCUCAACUCCUGUUGUGUCUUUGGUCUUUGGAAGUUACUUGUACAUCUGCAUCAACUGGCUUCACAUACACUUUGAUGAAGCAUUCUCUUCCCUCCGCAUUGCUAAUUACAAAUCAUUCACACGUUUUCACAUCAAACCUGAUGGAGACCUUGAAGUCUUCACUCUCGGAGUAGAUAAGGUGCCAAAGGAAUGGAAGCUAGACAAGGACUGGGAUUCAGAGCCAAGAUCAACGGUGAAGAUGAGUCACCACAGAAGAUUUCCAAGUAAAUGGUGUGCAACAUCAUUGCAACAAGAUCCUAUCAACACUGUAAAAGUUGUAGAUCAUUUUGUUAUUAGUAGAUCAGAUAAAGAAGUAGGAGGAUCUUAGUUAGAACCAGUUUUU